UCGUUCGCCUAACCACCACCAUGAAGAAGAAAAUGAUCCCUCUCUAGUUCCUAUCGCCCCAAUCUCAGAGGAAUGGACGAUCCAAUUCCAUCUCCAUACGACCUUCUCUUCCAAGCUCUCUCGCUCAUCCCAACUCGUCACUACCUCUACGCUCUCUUCAUUCUCUGGACUGUCUUCUUCUACAAUUUUCUCGAGUUCCACUUCCUUGGUGAUACGCUUCUGCACUAUUUCAAAUGCCGCGUUAAUCUCAUCUUCCAUCCAGAUUCUCCUCUUUACAACGACGUUGUUUCUCGCUGCCGCAUUCUUCACGGCCGAUAUGUGGCGACUCCGUGGUUAGCGAGUCCUCAUCUUCAGACAUGUUUCCUUAAUUUCAACGGACUGCCUCCUGUUUUCUCCUACACAAGGCUGCUCUUUCGCGCUUCUGAUGGUGGAACCAUUGCAUUGGACUGGCUGACCAACUCUGAUGUUCUUGAUGGGGACCUUCGCAAUCAGAGAGAGAUCACAAAGCAAGACACAACUCCCAUUGCUGUUGUUGUUCCAGGCUUAACUAGUGAUUCUUCUUCUGCCUACCUAAAGCACCUUGCCUACAACACUGCAAAAUCAGGUUGGAAUGUUGUUAUUAGCAAUCAUAGAGGACUCGGUGGUGUUUCUGUUACUUCCGAUCGCUUCUAUAAUGCUGGAUGGACUGAGGAUAUACGGGUAGUUAUUCGUUAUCUUCAACAGGAGUACCCAUUGGCUCCUCUCUUUGCUAUUGGAACUAGCAUUGGAGCUAAUAUUCUGGUUAAAUACCUUGGGGAAGAGGGUGAAAAGACUCCUCUCAGGGGUGCUGUGGCUAUUUGCUCCCCAUGGGACCUCUUGAUUGGUGACAGGUUUAUCUGCCGGACAUUGAAACAAAAGUUGUACGACAGAGCUCUCACCAUCGGACUUCAAGGUUAUGCCCAAUUACAUGAACCUCAGUAUACAAGGCUUGCUGAUUGGGAAGGCAUAAAAAAGUCACGUUCCAUCCGAGAUUUUGACAAUCAUGCUACCUGUCAUGUCGGGAAAUUUGAGACUGUGGAUACGUAUUACCGAAAAUCUAGCAGUACCCAAUACGUAGGAAACGUGGCGGUGCCACUACUCUGUAUCAGUGCUCUAGAUGAUCCGUUAUGCACAAAGGAAGCUAUUCCUUGGGAGGAAUGCUGGGCAAACAAAAACAUUGUCUUGGCGACAACGAAUCACGGGGGACAUCUAGCAUUCUUCGAAGGACUAACUGCAUCUAGCUUGUGGUGGGUUCGGGCCACCAAUGAGUUUCUUGGCGCCCUUAGCUGCAGUCGUCAUAUGCAUGUACAGAAAAUUCAAGAAAGUAGAAGCUCAGAAUCAGGGAAGCAGGAGGAGCCUUCGAUAAACCAAGGCCCGUACCUAAACACUGCAGAAGACGGGUUGGUGGCAGCAGUCAAGUACGAGCAAAACACCAAUAUCACUGCUCCAUCAUCAGAAGAAGCAACACAACUAUUGAACCAGACCGGACCACAGUGUGAGGAUAAUGUAACAAAGACAAGCUUUAACAAACUAUGCCGGCAGAGAAAAGGAUCCAUAUGGUUGGUUGGUUACAUAGGCGUGGUAACAGGUUUCCCCUUAGUUGGGAUGCUCAUAAACUACCUCUUGCGUAAGAAGCAACGACCCACAACAUCCACCAACCUCUGAAGUCGCUUCUUUUCUCCACUCAAACAGUUUCAUGCAUAGAUUAUUUAUGUGUCGUAAUUUGUUAGUUAUUGAUACACUAAUAACAUUAUCCUUCACCCUCAUUUUCUUGCACAUGUAGCCAAAGGAAAAAGGAGGGCUUGGAAAAUUUGUGUAGAAGAAGACUCCUUAUCAUAACCAUGACGAUUAUGUA